CCGGUACGCCCGGGCGCACUUGGCCCCAGCCUGGCUCCAGCUCCCACCCGUCCCUCCAGCUCCCGCCCGGUGCUGGAGUUGUCAACUGGUUCCCCAGCUCCCGCCCGGUGCUGCAGUUGUGAACUGGUUCCCCAGCUCCCGCCGGCUGCUCUGAUUUCAUCCCGUGGAGGAGCGGCUCCCGAGGAGGAAGGAGAGGGUAGAGGGGUCGGAGCGCUGCCCCCCCCCCACCCCCACCGCUUGUUGUCUUCUUUGUGGGUGUGAGGAGGGCGAGGUGAGGGCGAGGUGAGGGUGAGGUGAGGGUGAGGAGACACACAUCGACCGCUCACCAUGGCGUCCGAGUUCGAGACCGGGCGAAUUCGCACGCUGCAGGAGGAGCGGAUGCGCGUGCAGAAGACGACGUUCACGCGGUGGAUGAACGUGUUCCUGCAGCGGGUGGAUGUCACGGUGGAGGACGUGUACACGGAGCUGCAGGACGGCCUGGGCCUCAUGAAGCUGCUGGAGAUUCUGUCCGGGGAGAGCCUGCCCAAGCCGAGCCGCGGCCGCAUGCGCCUCCACUACGUGGAGAACAACAACCACGCUCUCAACUUCCUGCGACAAAAGAAAGUGAACGUGGACUUGAUUGGCGGGGAGAACGUGGUGGAUGGAGACCGGACCCUCAUCCUGGGCCUCAUCUGGAUCAUCAUCCUGCGCUUCCAGAUCUCCGGCAUCCUGGAGGAUGUGGGUCCCGGCUCCGAGGAGCGCCGCUCCGCCAAGGACGCGCUGCUGCUGUGGUGCCAGCGCAAGACGGCCGGCUACCGCGACUGCGAAAUCAAGAACUUCACGAGCAGCUGGCGCGACGGCCUCGGCUUCAACGCGCUGAUCCACGCGCACAGGCCGGAUCUGCUGGACUACGACCGCCUGCGCCAGCGCGACCACUUGAAGAACCUGCGGCAGGCGUUCGGGAUCGCGGAGGGUGACCUGGGCAUCGCUCGGCUCCUCGAGGCGGAGGACGUGGACGUGCCCCAUCCCGACGAAAAGUCCAUCAUGACCUACGUGUCGCUCUACUACCACUACUUCUCCCGCAUUCACAAGGAGCAGACGGGGGGCAAGCGCAUAGCCAAGAUCGUGGGCCUGCUGACGGAGGCGGAGGAGCUGAAGACGCAGUACGAGACUAUGGUGACGACGCUGCUCCAGUGGAUCGAGCGCAAGAUCUUGGAGCUCAACGACCGGCGCUUCCCCAACUCGCGCAACGGCAUGCAGGCGCUGCUGUCGGCGUUCGCGCGCUACCGCACCGAGGAGAAGCCGCCCAAGUACCAGGAGCGCGGGCUGCUGGAGGCUCACCUCUUCGCCGUGCGCACCAAACUGCGCGCCAACAACCAGCGCGACUACGUGCCGCCCGAGGGCCGCACGCUGCGCGACAUCGAGCGCCGCUGGGGCGAGCUGGAGCGCGCCGAGCACGCGCGCGAGAAGGCCCUGCGCGCCGAGCUCAACCGCCAGGAGAUGCUCGAGCGGCUGGGCCAGCGGUUCCAGCGCAAAGCGGCACUGCGCGAGGCCUACGUGGCCGAGAUGGGCCGAGUCGUCGCUGCGCAGGAGGCGCAGCCCGACAAGCUGGCCGCCGUCGAGGCGGCGCAGCGGCGCCUCGAGGCCGUGAGCACGGACGUGACCGCGGGGCGCAACCGCCUCGACGCCCUGGUCGGCAUGGCCGACGUGCUGACCAAGGAGAAAUUCCACGACAUGGCCAACGUGGCCAAGAGGAAGAGCGCCAUCGUGGAUCGCUGGUCCGCGCUGCAGAAGCAGAUUGCGCGCAACCAGGAGGUGCUGUCCCGCAUGGCGCAGGCGCUUCGCCUGCUGCGGGACGUCGAGUCGCUGGAAACGGAGCUGCGCGAGCUUCAGGCCAAGGUGAGCUCGGAGGACGUGGGGCGGCACCUGGAGGCCACGCAGGCGCUGCUGCAGAGGCACGCGCUGUCGGAAGCGCAGGUUGCCACGUGCGCCGAGGCCAUGGGCCUCCUGGACGGCCGUGCCAAGGAGCUGUCGCGGAGCCCCGACGCGCAGACCCUCGUGGCCAAGAUGCGCACGCUGCACCAGACCUUCGACAAGCUCCGCAGCACCAGCCAGGCCAGGCGUGCGCGGCUGGAAGAGGCGCAGGCAGUGUGGCUCUUCCUGCGCGACUGCGAGGAAGAGGAGCUGUGGGUGCAGGAACGAGCGCAGCGCCUGCGCACGGCGCCACUCGGCCGAGACCGGGCGCAGACGGAGAGCCUCGCUCACAAGCACAAGGCGCUGGAGGCCGAGUGCCGCUCGCACGAGACGGCGUGGCGCGCGGCGGCGCGGCGCGGCGAGGAGGUGUGCGGCGGGAAGCGCGGCGGGACACGGGGCCCGCGGGAGGACGUGGCGCGCGCCCUCGGCGCCGUGCAGGAGUCGUGGCGCCGCCUGCACGAGCUGCUGGCGUUGCGCUCGUCCCUGCUUCAGCAAGCGGCGCUUCUGCAGCUGUUCUACGAGGAGGUGGACGAGAUGGAGUCGUGGCUGAGAGAGAAGCUGCCGCUGCUGAGCAGCGAGGACGUGGGGCGCGACGACUCCGGCGCCGAGGCGCUGCUCAAGCGGCACCAGCGCCUGGAGCGCGACCUCGAGCAGCGCGGAGGAGACGUGCGCAAGCUCGCCGAGCAGGCGCGCGCCCUCGUGCUGGCGGCGCCGCCGCCCGGCCCGGGUGAGCAGGGGAGCGCGGCGCCACGCAGGAGGGAGAGCGAGGAGAAGGUGGAGCACGUGGAGCUGCCGCACGUGAAGAUGCGCUACAAGUUUGAGGGUCGUGACAUCAGCGUGGCGCAGGGCGAGGAGGUGGUGCUGCUCAAGAAGAGCAGCAAGGAGUGGUGGCACGUGCGCACGCGCGCCGGCCAGAGGGGCCACGUGCCCGCGUCGUACGCCCAGGAGAUAGGGGCCAAGCCGGUCCCGCAGGUGGUACGCAAGACUGAGGUCCUCACGGCUUCCUCCGCACAGCGGCCGGGCUCGGCCGAGAGACGAACCCAGGCCGAGCCGAGUCCGAAGUCGGCGGGAGCAGAGCUGGAGGAUGUGGCGCGGCGCCAGCGCUCGCUGCAGGCCACCUACGACCGCGUGUGCCAGCUGGCCGAGGCUCGCAAGAAGGCGCUGCACGAGGCGCUGCUCAUGUUCCGCUUCUUCUCCGAGUGCAACGAGCUGGAGUCGUGGAUAUCCGACCGCGAGAACGUCCUGGAGAGCAGCCUCCAGUCGCAGAACCUGGAGCGCAUGCGUCGGCAGUUCGAGAAUCUCCUGACGGAGCUGGCGGCCGGGCGAGGCAGGCUGGACGCCAUGAACCGCACGGCGGAGGAUCUCCUGCGCCAGGGCCACGGGCAGCGCGCGCGCAUCCGCGCCCGGCAGGACGACAUCAACGCUCGGUGGCGGCGCCUGGAGUCGCUGCGCAUGGACCGCGAGCGCCGUCUCACCGAGGCCGGCAACGUGGCCGCGUUCCUGGACGCGUUCGCCGAGCUGUGGGAGCUGCUGCAGGAGAAGCUGGCGGCGGCGAGCAACCCCGAGGUGGGCGCCACCCUGAGCGCCGUCCAGGCCGCGCUGCGGCAGCACGAGGCCCUGCAGCGGGACAUCGCAGCGCUUGGUGCCAACGUCGAUUUCCUCAAGAAAAUGGGACAAGCGGCCGCGAGCAACGAGCCGGCCGAGCGGGACGUGGUGAUGAAGAAGCAACGCGAGGUGGACGGCCUGUACGCACGGGUGCAGCGCGAGGCCGAGGCUCGUCGCCACCGCCUGCUGGACGCCCUGAGGAAGCUGGGCCUGCUGGACGAGGGGCGGGCGCUGAAGGAGCUGACCGAUCGCCUUCGGGACCGCGUGACUGGCGGCGGCGAGGCGGUGCCCGGGGACCUUGCCACGGCGCAGGAGAUGCUGGACAAGCACCAGCACCUCCGGGGCGACAUCGACGCGCUCCGCGACAGGAUCGCGGCGCUGGAGAAGGAAGGCUUGGAAAUGCAGAAGCGGGGCGACCCGGGCGCGGCCGACGUGCUGCGCCUGGCGGAGCAACUGCGCGGGACGCUGGCGGAGUUGGAGGCGCAGUGGAACGAGCGCGACCGCCAGCUGCGCGGCAUCGUUGCCCUGCAGCGGUUCAACAAAGAGGCCGAGCGCCUGGAGGCCGCGCUGUCCGGCCACGAGGCCUUCCUCAAGCUCGACGACCUCGGGGACUCGGUGGGGGCCACGGAGAGUCUGCUGAAGCGCCACGCCGAGUUUGAGAACCGCCUGGGCGCCAUGGACCGGCCGAUCCGACAUCUCAAAAAGCACGCGGCGGAGCUGGUGAAGAGUGGCGUGGUGCCGCCCGAAGGGCUGGAGCAGAAGGUGGACGCGGUGGUGGCGCGGAGGGACGCGGUGCAGGAUGGCAGCGACCGCCGCAGGGCGCUGCUCGAGGCUGCGCACAAGUACCAGGUGUUCACGAGGAACGCCGCGGAGCUGCUGGCGUGGGUGGCGGAGAAGCGCGUCCUGGCCGACGACGAGUCGUACCGCGACCUCAGCCUGCUCUCCCGCGAGCUCAAGCGGCAGAACGCGGCCGAGGGGGAGCUGCGCACCAACCAGCAGGCACUCGCCGCCGUUCAGGAGGUGGGCCGGGAUCUGGUGAAAGGCCGCCACUUUGCGAGCCGCGAGAUCCAGGCGACGCUGGAGGAGCUGCGCGCGCGCUGGGCCGAGCUGGAGAAAAAGAUGACCGAGCGGGGCCGCAAGCUGCGGCAGGCCGUGGACCAGCGCCAACUCAACCAGCUGCUGCAGGAUGCACGGGAGCGGCUGGACGCGCUGGAGAACCAGCUGCGCUCCGAGGACGUGGGCACCGACCUGCGCUCCAGCAAGACGCUGCUGGCGCACCACGUGCACACGGAGGCGGCGCUCGACUCGCUGGUGGAAAGGAUCCUCGCCGUGGUGGCGCAGGGCGAGAGCCUCGCCGACGGGCACUUCGACUCGCGCGGGAUCCAGAGGGAGACGCGAGAGUUCAAAAAGCGGCUGGCUGCGUUGGCGGAGCCACGAGCGAAGCGCCGAGCGCGCCUGGAGGAGGCCGUGCGCUACUACGAGGCGAUGCGUGCCCUGGAGCAGGAGGCGGCGUGGAUCGCGGAGCGAGUGCCCAGCGCAGAGUCCCACGACACGGGGCGCACCCUCGACGCCACCCAGCUCCUGCUGGAGCAGGCGAAGAAGCUGCAGGCCGAGUGCACGGCGCACGCUCCGCACGUGUCGCGCAUCGCCGGGCUCGGCGCCGCCAUGCAGGCCGCGGGACACCCGCUGGCGCGCGACAUCACGCGUCGCUGCGAGGAGGUGCGCGCCGCGUGGGACGCGCUGCUGCUGGCGCUCGAGAACCGGCGUCGGCUGCUGGCGCUCGCCGAGAGGGCGCACACGGCGUCGGCGAACGCGGCGGAGCUGGAGGUGUGGCUGGCCGAGCGAGCCGAGCAGGCGCGCAGCGAGGAGUGCGGCCGCGACGAAGACGCCGCACGGAACCUCAUCGCGCGCCACAAGGACUUGGAGCAGGAGAUGGAGGUGAACGGGCGUCUGGUGGACGAGUUGGUGCGGGCGGCGCGCGAGCUCAAGGCGGAGGGUGCCCCGGCGGCGCAGGAGCUGCCGGCGCGAGCCGAUAAGAUCCAGGAGACGAUGGCGGACCUACGCCAGCUCUCCGCGGAGAGGUUGGGCCGCCUGGAGGGUGCGCUGGCCCUGCACGCGUACCUGCGCGAGUGCGCCGACCUCGAGGAGUGGAUCUCUCAGCAGCUGGCGACGGUCGCUGCGCAGGACGACGUGGGCGACGACCACGAGCACGUGCAGCGGAUGCUGGCGCGGUUCUCUGCGUUCGAGCGCACGAUGGCGGCGCGCGCCGAGCAGUUUGUGAGGUGCCACUCGCUGGCCGAGGAGCUCCUCGCCGCACGGCACCCGCGCCGGCGCGACGUCAAGCAGCGGCAGCACGCCCUCCGGGAGCUGUGGGACCAGCUGGUCACCUUGACCCAGCUCCGAGGAACAAAGCUGUCACAGGCCGAGGAGGCGCACCGCUACGUGAUGGAGCUCUCCGAGGCACUGCUGCACAUACAGGAGCGUAAGGCGGGCGUGCAGGGGGAGGUGGGCAAGGACCUGCGCUCCGUGCGGGAUCAGCUGCGCCGCCACGAGGCGCUGGAGAACGAGCUCGUGGCUGCGGAGGCGCAGCUGCAGGAGCUGGUGGACCGCGGUCAGACCGUGACGGCGCACUGCCCGCCGGCGCUGGCCGACACCAUCGCGGAGCGGCAGCAGUCCCUGGUGGAGGCGUGGGGCGACCUCAAGGACCGGGUCGACUCGCGGCAGCAGCAGCUGCGCGAUGCGCACAGCCUCUACUGCUUCUUGGGCCUCGUGCGGGACUACUCCGGCUGGAUGGACGAGGUGGGCCGCGGGCUGGAGCUGGCCGAGGCGCCGGCGGCGCGAGGAGUGCAGGGCGCCAGCGCCCAGCGCGCCCAGCACGCGAGCCUGCGCGCCGAGAUGGAGGCGCACGACUCGGACUUCCACGACGUGUGCACGGCCGCCGAGGGGCUGCUCAGCCAGAAACACCCUGCGGUCAAGGAGGUCAAGGAGAAGCUGUACAUGGUGACGAAGCGCCGGCGGGAGCUGUUGUUGCGCUGGGAGGAGGCGAACGAGCGGCUGGAGCGGCGCUACCUGGAGCAGCUGUUCCUGCAUGAGGCGGAGCUCACGGAGACCUGGAUCAAUAGCCAGGAGGACUACCUGAAUUCCCGCGAGCUACCCAGCUCGCUCGCCCAGGUGGACUCUCUGAUCCGGCAGCACGGCGUGUUUGGGCAGCUGCUGGCGACGCGAGACGGGAAGAUCGAAGCGCUGCGAGAGAGCAUGGAGCGGCUGGAGGAGCAGGGCCCGGCACGGCGCCGCCUCACCCUGCUGCAGGAGCGCCUCGCCCGCGUCCACCGCCUCUCCGGGGACAAGGGGCACGAGCUGGAGACGGCGCGCCUCCUCCUCACCUUCCACGCCGACCUGGCCGAGACCGGGGCGUGGUGCGGCGAGAUGCUGCGGCGGGCCCAGGCCGGGCUGCGCGAGGAGGACGGCGUGAGCGUGCGGGAGAAGAUGGCGCUGCUGCAGAAGCACCAGACGUUCCACGCCGAGGUGAUGGCGCGCGAGGGCGCCAUCCAGGACACCGUGCAGGCCGGCGAGGCGCUGGCGAUCAGAGCGCCGUCGCGCGCCGCCGAGGUGCAGCGGCAGGCGCGCAAGCUCCGCGAGGACUGGGAGGCGCUGCUGCGCGCGAUGGCCACGAGGGAGCGCAUGCUGGGGGAGGCGCGCGACCUGCUGGAGUUCACGACGCGCGUGGAGCGCGCCGAGGCCUGGAUCCGUGACAAGGAGGUGAUGGUGGCCGUCGGGGACGUGGGCAAGGACUACGAGCACUGCCUGCAGCUGCAGAAGAAGCUCGGCGCCGAAGGGAGUGCGGACGGGGCGGUGGACGACGCGCAGAUGAAGACGCUGAAUGCGCUGGGCGCGAAGCUGGAGGCGCAGGGCGGUCCCGACGCUCCGUUAGUGCAGCGCAGCCGGGCCCAGCUCAACAAGCGCUGGGCCACGUUCCAGAGUGCCCUGCAGGACUACCGCUCCCGGCUCGCCACGGCGCUGGGCGUGCACGCGUUCCUGCUGCAGAUGGACGAGACGAGGGCGCUCAUCGGGGAGAAGAGCGCGGCGAUGCACGCGGCGGGGCUCGGCGGGGACCUGGAGGAGGUGGAGGCGCUGGUGCGACGCCACGAGGAGACGCAGCGAGACAUCCGCGUGCUGAGCGACAGCGUUCAGGAGAGCGAGGCGGAGUCCCGCAGGCUGUCGCGCCAGCACCCGGCGCUGACGGAGCACGUGUCGCAGCGGCAGCGAGCGCUGCAGGAGGCGUGGCUGCGGCUGCAGGAGGACACGGCGACCCGCGGCGCACGCCUCGCCGACACGCUGCACCUGCAGCGCUUCCGCGCCGCCGCCAAGACGCUGCUGGCGUGGGACGCCGACACGCGCGCUACCAUGAGCGUGGCGCGCGCGCCGGCCAGCCUCCCCGAGGCCGAGAGCCUCCUGCAGGCGCACCACGAGACCAAGGUGGAGAUCACGGCGCGCGGAGGCCGCUUCGAGGAGGUGCACGAGGUGGGCGAUCGGCUCGUGGCAGAGCGGCACCCGGACGCGGCCGACAUCCGACGCGAGCUUGUGCGGCUGGAGGACGUUCGCGAGGCUCUGCUGGCCGCGUGGGGCGACGCGCUGUCCACCCUGACGCUCGCCCGUGACACGCUGCGGUUGCGUGAGCUGGUGGAGCGGGCCGACGGCUGGCUGACGGCGCGGGAGGCGCUGCUGGAGAACCGCGACCUCGGGGACUCGCUGGCGACGGUCGAGAGCCUCGGCAAGAAGCACGAGGCGCUGGUGGAGUCGCUGGCGGACGAGCAUUCCCCGCUGGGCGACGCGGACCGCAUGGCGAGCCACCUGGGCGCGCACGUCCCACAGCAGCUGGGCGACGCCAUGGACGCGGUCUUUGAGAGGCGGGACCGACUGCUGGAGGUGGCGGCUGAGCGGACCCGGAUGCUGGACGACUCCCGGCGGCUCCACCUUUUCCUCGGCGUCACGUACGAGGAGCUGUCAUGGCUGGACGAGCGCGCAGCCGUGGCACGCGAGGACACGUGGGCGGAGCUCACCAACCUGCAGGCCAAGCUGCAGCGGCAGCAGGCGCUGGACGCCGAGGUGGAGGGGCAGAACGCGCGGCUCGACAACAUUGUGGCCGAGGGCGAGGCCAUGGUGAAGGGCGGCCACUUCGCGGCGCACAGCGACCUCGCGCCGCGCCUCCAGGAGAUUCGCGAGCUGCGGGAGGAGCUGUCGGAGCUGUGCCGCGUGAAGCGUGCGCGGCUGCAGGAGGCGCACCAGGCGCUGCAGCUGCUGCGUGACCUGGACGAGGCCGAGCGCUGGCUGGGCGAGGCGGUGGAGCGCCUCGCCUCCACGGAGCCCGCCACGGACCUGGCCAUGGCCGAGGCAGAGCUGCAGGCGCAGGGCGAGCUGGAGACGGAGGUGGCGGCGCACCGCGCGCGCGUGCAGGCGCUGGCGGGCGACGCCGCCGAGCUCCAGCGGCAGGACAACUUCCUGGGCGACGAGCUGACGAAGCGGGCGAGCGAAAUUGACUCCAGCUACGAGAAGGCGUCGGAUCCGGUGCGAGCGCACCGCAUGGCGCUGGAGGAGCGCCAAGACCUGCUGCGCUUCUACCACGACGUGGAGGCCGAGUUCGACUGGGUGCGCGAGCGGCUGCCCCUUGCCUCGCUCGCCGAGGUCGGCGGCUCGCUGCCCGCUGUGCAGGCCUUCCUCACCCGGCACCAGGCGCUGGAGAGCGAGGUGGAGGCGCGGGAUGUGCUGGUGCAGGACGUUCUGAGCUCGGGGUCGGGGCUGGUGUCGCGCGAGCACCCUGAAGCGGCGCAGGUUCGCUCGUGCCUGGAGGAGCUGCGCGACGCCACGGAGCGCCUGCGCGAGGAGUGCGCAGCCCGGCGCGCUCGGCUCGAGCACGCGCUCCACGCGCAGCAGAUAGACGCGCAGCUGGGCGAGGUGGAGGCGUGGCUGGAGGAGCGCGGGGCGCUGCUGAGCGGCGCGAGCGACCCCGACGAGGACGUGGGCAGGCACGAGGAGUGGGCGCAGGCCCAGCUGCGCCAGCUGGAAUCGCUGGGGCCCGAGAUGGCGGCACGACAGGAGGCGACGCGGCGCCUCAAGGAGAGCGUGGCGCAGCUUGCACGCGAGUGGCCCGACGACUGCGAGCGCGUGGCGGCGCGCGUGGACGAGGUGCGCGAAGACCUGCAGGGCUUCGCCGGUGCCUUGGACGAGCGGCGCGAGCGCCUGCGCGACCGCCUCUACCUGGGCCGCACGGCGCGUGCCGCCGAGGAGGCGCAGGCGUGGAUGCGCGCUCGCCGGGCGCUGCUGCGCGCCGACGACUGCGGCACCGACCUGGAGGACCUGGAGCUGCUGGAGAAGAGGUUCGAGGAGCUGGUGGAGGAGGUGCGGGUGUCGGGCGAGGGCCGCCUGGGCUCGGUGCACGAGGCGGCGCGGGCGCUGCAGGAGAGGGCGCCGAGGCGGGACGAGAUCGCGCAGGCGCAGCAGCUCGUCGCCAGGGCGACGCGCCACUGGGACAAGCUGCAGUGCGCCAUCGACGACCGAGCGCAGGAGCUGCGCGCGGCCAGGAAGGUGCACGAGUUCUCGCGCGACGCGGAGGACCUGCGCGAGUGGAUCCAGCGCAAGGACGCGGCGAUCCCGCCCAACGAGAACAUCCCUGAGCUGGCCAGCGUGCGCGCCAGCAUGCGGCGCCACGACGCCACCAAGGGCGAUCUGGAGGUGAUCGAAGAGCGCGUGUUGGCGCUGGAGGCCGAGCUGGAGCAGCUGGUGCGGGAACACCCGUCAGAGCGGGAGAGCGCUCGCGCGAGGGUGCACGCCCUGCAGGAGCUGUGGCAGGCGGUGCGGGAGCGCGCGGCCGAGAGGACACUCUUCCUGGAGCACUCGGCGCAGCUCCACGAGCUCAUCAACGAGUACCGCGAACUGGAGCUGUGGGCGGGCGAGGUGAACGCACAGAUGGCCGGGGCCGAGCUGGGCAGCGGCGUGACGGGGGCGGAGGAGGCGCUGGCACGGCACAAGGAAGUCCUCGCCGACGUCGAGCGCCAGCUCGCCCGCUUCGCCGCGCUCAAGCGGGGAGCGCAGGAGCUCACGCGGCCAGAGCACACGCACCACGAGGAGAUCGUCUACGAGACGGAGGACGUGGAGGUGGUGCUCUUGCGAGUCCAGGACAACUGGGACGAACGCCACGAGCUGCUCGCGCACAACCUGCAGCUGCAGCUGCUGCGUCGCAAGCUGGAGCAGUCGGACAGCUGGCUGGCCACGCGCGAGGGCCUGUUGACAGACGGCGACCUCGGGGACUCGCUGCAUGGGGUGGAGGAGCUGCUGAAGCAGCUCGAGGACCUGGAGAGCACCAUGUUGGAGCAGGAGGACCACUUCGUACAUCUGACACAGGAGCUGUGA